AAUCCCACUGGCAUCAGCUGUUUAAGCUGCGUUCCUGUAUCUGGUAGAGCAACGCUAAGGCCAUGGGUUUUAUUCCAAGGGAACACGUAUUGUAAACCUAUACUGGCCAUACAUUGGUGCACACUGACUCUAAGGGAUUCAGACUAAAAAAAAUAGUCUGAUUUUCAGAGUCAGAUCAGCCAUUACUCAAUUUAACAACAGCGAGGACAGGAGGAGGGGUGAAAAAUUGGACCUCUCAGCCACUCUCCUCCAAUGUCCCAGAGACACUAUGACUGCUGUUGGGUCACCAAACUGCUGAGUGAAACCCCUUGAAACGGCCCUCUGACUCACUCUUACCCAGAUAUGAAGGAGGUGAGGCUGUGGACAGCCAGUGACGUCUCUGAUUGGCUGACCGACGAAGGCUUGCAGGAGUACACCGAUGCAUUGCGGAACGUGGAUGGCCCUGCCCUCUUGAGACUGUCUGAGGAAGACUUUAAGGCCUCGCCUUUGUCCCUGGUCACAGGGGACAGUGGUCGACAGCUUUUGGAACGCAUAGAGACUUUGCGCUUCACCAACCACAUGAAGGCACACAAGAACAACAACCACGAAAACAGCCACCAUGCCAACGGUCACGCUGGCAUCGAUCUUGCCAAUGGCAGUGUGAGCAAUGGCAAGAUCCACAACGGCAUUCCAAAGAAUGGCUUGCACUCGAAACCGGUUCGCAUCUUGAUUCCAUCACUGCCUGAGCAGGAGCGCACGCCGUAUCCCACGGAGUGGUUCAAAACAGGUGUGGCCUUCCUUUACGCUCUGUUCUGCUUCCUCACCACAACAGUUGUGAUCUCAGUGGUGCAUGAACGUGUCCCACCCAAGGAAGAGUCUCCGCCCCUGCCAGAUAAAUUCUUUGAUCUGUUUGAUCGUGUGGAGUGGGCGUUUUCCAUCUGUGAGAUCAACGGCAUGCUGCUUGUGGGACUGUGGUUUACACAGUGGCUUCUGCUUAAACACAGGUCCAUAAUCGGUCGUCGGUUCUUUUUUAUUGUGGGAACUCUGUAUUUGUACAGAUGCGUGACCAUGUACGCUACGACAUUACCUGUGCCAGGCAUGCACUUCAAGUGCUCCCCAAAGCUCUUCGGUGACUGGGAGGCACAGUCACGGCGAGUAAUGAAAAUGAUGGCAGGUGGUGGCCUGUCAAUCACUGGCUCACACUCUUUGUGUGGAGAUUACUUGUACAGUGGACACACAGUGAUGCUGACACUAACAUACCUCUUUAUUAAAGAGUAUUCUCCACGUAGGUUCUGGUGGUAUCACUGGAUCUGCUGGUGCCUGAGUGCUGUCGGUAUCUUCUGCAUCCUGUUGGCUCAUGAUCACUACACCAUAGACGUGGUGGUGGCCUACUUCAUGACGACACGCCUCUUCUGGUGGUACCAUACAAUGGCCAAUCAGCAGGCUCUAAAGGAAAUUUCCACUGGUAACCUGUUCUCUCGUGUGUGGUGGUUCGGUCCAUUCCAAUACUUUGAGAGUAAUGUACGUGGCAUUGUGCCUCGAAACUACCAGCUGCCAUUCUUGUUGCGAACAAUGACGUGCACCCGGGUUAAGUACAGUAAGCUGGACUCGCGUGAGUCAUGACCCAUGGCUCCUGAUUGGCUGGAGCUCUGUGAGACUCUAAAAGAGAAACUACUCUUCCCGUCAAGCCCUGCAAAACUGGUUGAGCACUGUGACGCUUAUACACAGAUCAUUUUGUAGUAUUUGAAGCAUUUCAAUGUCCCUAGCAGGUAUGUAUAUGUACAUAGCAGAGCGUCUAACAACUGGAUUUGAUUUGCUGCUCUUUAUAAUGGUUAAAAAUGGCCAGGCCUUGGUCUGAUAGAGACCUAAGCCUUUUUGCUGUCUUCUCGAUGGACUUGGUCUGGCGGAAUAUGUCAUUAAAGUUAAUUUACCUGCCAAAACUGUAUUGAAUAAACUGGAACCCUUAUAGAAACAGAUUUUCUUUUUAAAAAGCAGCUUUUUGUAGUAAUUGUAUUCAUUCUGGAGUAAGACUUUUUCUAAAUAUUUCGCAGGUUUAUUUUCCCAAAAAAGUGUCGUCCAAAUAGAAUAUCUUUUUUAGAUUUGUACCUUCCUGAAAGCUGGGACCCGUACAGCUUCAGUGUUUUCUAGUGCCUUUCUUCCAUACACAGAUAUAUAUAUUUCAACAUACAGUACAUACACAUGUAAUAUAUACACACACACACAUCAGUACAUUUACCUUGUAGAUGCUUUAAACAUUUAUAUAAUGUGUUAACCCGCAAUGUUGUCUGUCUGAAUGUCUAAAUGUUUCGUUUGGCCUGUGAUCAUUAAGGGAGGCAGUAUGUUUUUAUAGAAGCUUUGAAUGUGGGAGGUCAGUUCUGCCUUUCACAUUACAACAAUCCUUCGAAUCACACUUCCUAGUGUUUAAAAUUGGAUGAUUGUGUUCAGUUAUUUAUUACUGAAGAUUUACUUUUUCUUUUCAGUAUCGUCCAUUGGUCUAGCAAACAGAAUACAGAAGAAAUAUAGGAGGGACUAAUUUUGACGUUUUUCCAUCAGGAUAUAGUGUUCAUUUGACAAAACACUGCUCAAACUUUGUCACGACUGAAGGGCUGUUCAUACAGGACAUGUUUUUGCUUUCAAAAAAAGGUAUCCGUAGUGGAAUGAAACGAAAUGUUUUAAUAGUUUAACCGUUUUUAACAUGCAAAACGCAGCGAUUGUAUUCAGAGAUGUCCGUGUAGGGUAUGUUUACAUAGCAAAACAACUAAAAGUGGUGCAGAUGUGUGCCAGAACGCAUCUUGUGUGACUGGUCUCAGUGUGUGUUUCGUUAACUGAUUUAAUGCACCAAAGUUUUAAUCACGAGGUUAGCUCAGUCUCUUACUGCAAAAUAGUUUUCAUAAAGAAUCAAAGCUAGGCUUUGGAAACCAUCCUAAUAUAAAGGAAAGUCAGAAAAGAUUUAUUUAUACAGACUGAAUUUUUACAAUAUUACUCUAAUGAUGUAAGUGUGUGUAGAUGGGGUAAUCUGUACAUUAAAUAACAUGUAAUAUUGUUGUAUACUGUGCAACAACAUGUUCAUCUGUCAAAGUAAAUUACCCUAAUAUGUGUACCUUUCAACUAUAAAAGUUUGGUAAAAGAAGGUAUUCGAGGGCUUCUUCUUUAAUGUGAAGUGUGUCUGCUCAAAAUGUGCUUCUGCUAGCCGAAGGGAAUCAUCAAGUCUCUUGCUAAAUAGUCGGAAGUGUUGUAAAUGUUCUGGAGCAAGAACCAAAUAAAAACUGGUGUUAUUUGUGACAGGUAGACCGAAUGAUAGGCCUGUAAAACGACUGAAUGAAUCUCUGGAGUGUGAAUGUACAACAGUUUAGAACUGAAAGUAUAAUCAGAAGCACUUUAAAAUGAUGCCCAGCCACACACUUCUCCAACACACUGCACUUCAGUGACCUGCACGCUAAUUAACGCGGAAGGCAAAAACACCGUUUUAUUAUUCCCCCAAGUAACCGCCUGACUGAUGAUGAUGGUUUAAUGGUUUGUCUUUCAAAUGAAACUGACAGUGGAAUCAGACCUGUGAAUGUGUGACAUGUACCAAUAUGCAGCCAAAAUGUAACAUUUAGUGUGGAUAUGGAUGGCUGCUAUAUGCCACAUAAUUAUAUUUGUUUAUUUUUUGGGGGAGACCAUGGAUACGUCAUAAAAACCAGUGUUGGGAUAUAGAAGAUUUGAAGUUCUAAAUAAUAAAGCGUUUGUUUAUUUAAUUGGGAAAUCCAGAUUGUUAAGCUGACUGCCAACUGAUUGACAUGAGAAGUGAACAGAGUGUUGGCUUAUGACUAAAUGCAUGUUGUUGUUUUUUGUUGUUUUGUUUCCUUUUCAUUGUCAGUCAUAAAUCCAGCAUUGUCAAAUUACUUUGUCGAAUGUAAACCUGUGCUAAACAAUCUCUUAAUAUGAGACAAGGAGUGGGGCAGAUAUUGAAUAAAAAAUGUAAUAUUCUG